AUGUCGAUGGAGGAGAAACCUUUGAUGAAGAAGCAGAAGAGAGAGAUGAGGAUUCCUGAGAGUGAUGACGAGGAAGAGAAAGGCUGCAAGAAGAAACCACCAGAGAUAACUCACAUCAAACGCGGUGAUGGAAGCUUGUACCAAAAGCAGACAUUCGUAAACGGGGUUGGUUUCAAAGAUUGUGUUCUAGACUAUGCUCUUAAGACAGGCUACAAUAUCCAGCAAUACAGGUAUGAUAAAGAAAAAAUUGGCUUCAAGUGUGUGGGUUCUAAUGAGGGAGGAAGCUGUGAAUGGAAAAUAUAUGCUUCAGUUCUGCCAAGUGAUAAUGUGUGGAAAGUGAGAGUGUUUGUUGAGAAUCAUUCGUGUGUGCCUAAUGGAGAGUGUUCGAUGCUGAAGGUUCCUCAAAUAGCUAGAUUGUUUAUUGACAAAAUCAGAGAAGAACCGGAUUAUUACAUGCCAAUGAAGAUUGAAGCACUGGUUCUUGAGAAAUGGGGGAUCACGGUUUCAAGGGCUCAAUGUCAAGCUGCUAGAACUAAGGCGCUGAAGUGGAUUGAGUUUGAGUAUGAUCAUCAGUUCGCUCGUCUUCGAGAUUAUGCAGCUGAGAUACUUGAAUCAAACAAAGACUCUACUGUGGUGAUUGAGACUUUGAAAAAUACCGAGGGAAAAGAUGAGUUCAACAGGUUCUACGUUUGUUUUGACAACAUAAGAAGGACAUGGAAGGAGACAUGCAGACCUUUGCUUGGAAUUGAUGGAUGCUUCGUUAAACACAAGAUCAAAGGACAAGUGUUGGUGGCAUUAGGAAGAGACACAGAUAAUGCCAUAUAUCCAGUGGCAUGGGGUGUAGUUCAAGUUGAAAAUACGGAUAAUUGGUUAUGGUUUGUGAGAAUGGUAAAGGAAGACGUAGGCCUUGAUGAUGGUGAUGGGUUUGUUAUCGUCUCUGAUCGCCAAAAGGGUUUGAUAGCUGCAGUUAAGGAGGAAUUGCCUAAGGUAGAGCAUAGGAAGUGUGUGAGACAUAUCUAUGCGAAUCUGAAGAAAAAACAUGGAAGUAAAAGCGACAUGAAGUCUUAUUUAUGGAGCUUAGCAUGGAGUUACAACGAAGCAGAAUAUAAGGAGAGGCUGGAUAGGAUUUUCAAUUACGAUGUUGGUGUAUAUGAUGAUGUUAUGAAGACAAAUCCGAAGUCUUGGUGUAGAGCAUACCACAGGUUGGGGCCGUAUUGUGAGGAUGUGGAAAACAAUUCCACAGAGUCUUUCAAUAACACCAUUGGAAAGGCAAGGGAACUGCCAUUUGUCCCUAUGUUAGAGACAAUAAGAAGACUUGCCAUGGUUCGGAUUGCAAAACGAUCAGCAAUCUCUCAUGUUCACAAAGGGAUUUGUACACCAUAUGCGACUGAGUUUAUCAAAGAAGAGAAGAAGAAAGCUACUGCGUGCAUAGUUACAAGAAGCACCAACGGAAUGUAUGAAGCAAAGUUGGGGGAUGUACUUACCGUGUCAGCUUGGAAAGAUGGACUUGCACUCAUUCUUCAUAAGAAGCUUAAGGUAGAGGACUUCGUUUGUAAGUGGUUCAGAACUGCUAUGUGGAGAAAAAACUAUGUAGAUGGGCUUAUUCCGGUGAGAGGUGCUCGCUUUUGGCCUGAAACAGGUGCUCCGGACGUCAUUAUUCAACCUGAUCCAGACCAACCGGGGAGGAAGAAGAUGACUAAGGCUGACAAGAAAAGAAAAAAACCUGCUAAUGAGUCUCCAACCAAGAAGCAACCAAAACAUAAGAAGAGGAUUAUGCACUGUGGAAGAUGUGGCCAACCUGAUCACAACUCAAGGUUUCAUAACAAAAAACAGGCUUCUAGAGAUGGUCCCUCUCAUGUUGCUUCUCAAGCUGAUUCUCAAACUCCUUCUCAAGCUCCUUCUCAAGAUAUGUGUUGA